UGUUAUGUCUGCGGACGAGUUAAGAGUUCACCCGAAAGUUCAUUGACACGAUCAUUUCCAAACGCCUUUUUCGUCUCCUCAACAUCAACCAUAACUAAACAUGGCCCAGUUAUUCACGCAAAAGCAGAUCGACGAAUAUAAGGAGUGUUUUGCCCUUUACGACAAGACAAGGAAGGGGCAUAUUUUUGCAGAUGAACUGACAAAAGUUAUGAGGUCGCUUGGUACGAACCCUUCGAUAGAAGAAAUCAAAGCUUACAGAAAGCAAUAUGAAGCAAAUGACAAGAUCACAUUUAGUGACUUCUUGGUGAUCAUGUAUGAGCAGCAUAAGAAUGAGAACCCUUUCAAGGAGAUCAUGGAUGCAUUCAGAUUGACAGACACCCAAAACAGAGGCUUCAUCUUGGCUUCAGAGUUCCGCAACAUCAUGACAAAGUUUGGAGAGAAAAUAUCCGAUAGAGAAGUUGAUGACAUGAUGAGAGAGUUUGGAAUACAGAAGAAUGGAUUUGUCAAGUACUAUGAUAUCGUACCGAAACUUCUUGAGCCAAUUCCAGAUCAUUAUAAAUGAUGACGGACUUCUCUGUGACAAUUAGGUAUCCUUGUUCUUGGUAAACUGUUCCCCCCUCUCCCUCCUUCCUUUCCACAAAGAAGGAAAAUGUGAUUGACUCCUGUAUGAAAAGAAAUAAAAUUAAAGGUCCAUUUAUCAUCCGUAAAAUUCUUUCAUUGUACAUCUCAUGCAGACUCGCUGAUCAUCUGCUGUUUGUAGAUUACAAUUAUCACAAAAGUACUGUCUGUAUAUACCUCGGUCAUACUGCCGAACCUGAAUGGCAGAGACUGAUUCUAGGCCGUCCAGGGUAAUUACAUUUUUGGUUUGGCCUGUUGUCAGUCUGGCGUCGAUUCCGUUGGUGUGGUCGUGGUAGUAUACUGCUUCUCUGCGCAGUUUUUGGCUAGGAAUAUCUGUAUAUUAAAAGCUGGAGUCAUGUAAAACAGGAUGAACAGGACCAUUUGGCUAAAUAGGGAUAAAAAGUGUUUUUGACUUUGUCUUCUUUUUAAAAUCCAGAAAUGGUUCAGGACCUUCUAGUUCAUUUGGCUGAUGAAUGAAAAAGCAAUAGAAUCUGAAUCUUUUCUAGGAAGAAAGAUCAUGUCAAUUUUCCUUUUUAUUUACUUAUUUAUUAUUAUAUAUAUAUUUUCUUAAUCACCCAAUAUUACAAAAAUCAUUCAUUCAUCUCAAUGACUGCGACAGUGACUGCAUAUGCCUGCACUUGUGAUGUGGGUUAUGUAGUAUUUUGAAAUGUUAAUAAUUCAAUUUGAGCCAAGUAUAUUUUUGUUGUUGUUGUAGUCAGACAGGGGUUACUUACACACAUGUACAUGAAUUACAUGGAGGUAGGAUGAAAUAUGCAGUUUGUUCUAUUUCCAUUUCCAUUUAUAAUUGUACUUACUAUCUAAGGUGUAUGAUGUGAAAUAUACCUUUGAUAUAUAACUUUGUUACGCAUUUCUUGGAUCUUGGAUCUCACUUGCACAUAAAGAAACGGUGUGUCAGGAUUAGAUUCUAAUGUUUAUGAUUGAAUAAAUGUUAUAUUAUUUGCUUUUUGAGAUUAACCUAUUUGAACAUAAAGUCUCACGUUUCCCUUUCCUCUAUUACAGACAUUUCCCAUGAACUAUUUGAAUAGAUUUACAGUUUGGCCUCUGAGUUCCAUAUUCGAGCAAAUAAAAAAAGCUAUUUUGUUCUCAAUCUCAAUAAUCCUUCCUUUGGAAAAAUAUGGUAUUCAAUAGCAACACUUUGAUUAAGUCUAUGGCUGGUUGACUGUUAUGUGAAUGCAGUCGAUAUUGAGGAGAUGGCACCCCGUAUAUUAGUAUGUAGCCUUAAUGAUAAUAAUAUUCAGCUUUUAUGUAGCGCUUAUUAAUAUAUAAUGUCUCUAAGCGCUUUCAUUGUACAUGUAUCUACAUGUACCUACAUGUACAUGUAUAUUGUACAUACUGAUUGUAAGGAUUCUCUCUUUACAUGAAGUGUGCGUGGGUGUUACUAGCUUUACAAUAACAUGCUCUAUAUAGGUCAAGGGCGUGCUAUUCCUUCCAUUGUUUUCAUUAACAAUAG